AUGGUGACGCCGACCAAGCCAUUGCUAUAUUCAAAGUCUCGGAUUUCUUUUGCUAGUAAAUAUUACUUUACCGUCAUUGACGCCGUUCUUCGUUUGCGAGCAUCGACGUUUUUUUCGCACCUUCAGCGCCUCCUCAAACGGCUCCAACGCUUCGACGUUAGCUGCGCCUUCACCUCUACGCUGCUCUGUGGGACCUCGUAUCGCCCCGUCCGCCUACGACGACGACAGGUUCGAUAA